AUGGAUAUUUCUUCAAUCUCAGAAAUCUUAAAGAGCGAAUGUAAAAUUGAAAAAACACCAUAUCAAAAGGGUAAUCAUGAAAUAAUGAAAUCUAUAUCCUCAUUUAGAUUUAAUGGCUUUAAGUUUAGUUCUUCAGCAUAUAAUUAUAAAGGCGAUAUUGUUAAAUUCCUUAGUGUAGAUGUAUCAAUUGGUGUUACGAUAGGCGAAAAAGCUGGAUUUGAAACAACAUUUAAUGUAUCAGGAUUUAAUGGAUUAAAAGCUGGAUUUGAAGCAACAUUUAAUAUAUUAGAAUUUAAUGGAUCCGGUUUAAAAACAAAUUUAGGAAUUAGUACAUCUACAGGUAUAUCAAUAAGCAAACAAUGUUUCGAAAUUAAAUUUGCAGGCUUCGGUAUUAAACUCGGAUACGAAAUGGGCAUAAACACGUCUUUUGGAGGUGUAUCACUUAAUAUUGGAAACCUAUUAAAACGAUCAAAACUCGUAAAGACUAUUAUUGAACGCUGCAAGAAUAUUACAAAUAGCGAAGUUGUACUGAACAAUAUUGUAAAUCAUGGUAUUAAUAUCGGGAAAGAUAUAUUGAAGACCAAAAACUGCGAUACUAAGGUUGACAAUGAAAUAGAUGUUAAUGCGUUUACUGGAGGUGAAUCAUUUAACAUUAUUAAGACCGUUACAGAUGUGAUAUGUAAUAAUGAAG